GGGGACAUUUAGGCGUCAUGUGCUGUUAAUAGAACAUUUUGAAAAGUAAUAUUGAAUCAAAUCAGCUGUUUAUUCGACAUCACAUUGAUUGGAUGCUUUGUGUCACUUAUACAGGUGUGUAUUUGUUCUAGAGACACCUUUUUACAUUGUUGUGUUGAUACUGAGACCCACCUGCGGAAAUAAUGGAGCUGUCUGUGCGCGCCUUUGUUGGUCCAGGACAGGUUUGAAUUUCUGGUGCUUUUAUUCUGCAACAUGUCGAACGGUGCAUUUCUACAGGGGUGUUUUAUGUUGACUCUUCUUUCAGAAGGUCUAACAGCUGUGAUACAGACACAGCAGACUGUGGUGGCAGCAGUGGGAGGAGAGGCUUGUUUCAGCUGUCAGCUCAUGCAACAUAAAGAAGUUCUUCAGGUCACAUGGCAGAAAGUUUUACCUGAGGGGGAGAAGAAUCUCGCCACCUACAGCAAAUACUUUGGCCAAAGGGUGAAUUCUGGCUUUCAAGGAAAACUGGAGAUCAAAAAUGUUGGAAUGCAGAACUGCUCCAUAGUUAUCAGAGAGGUGACGGAGCAGGAUGAAGGCUGUUAUCGCUGUUUAUUUAACACUUACCCCGAUGGUGCUCUCACUGGCCGAACCUGCCUCAUGCUGUAUGAGCUGCAUGAACCCAUUCUACAUGUUAGAGAAUCAAACUCUACUCAGGAGUCACUUGUGUCCUGCUCGGCCACAGGACGACCUGCUCCAACACUGACACUCAACGUCACGCAGCCACACCUCCACUUCUCACGCUACAACACUGUCAGUGUCCACAACAGCAAUGGUACAGUCACUGUCACCACUACAGCUGUGCUGUCAGGUUUCCGUGACAACAGCGCACAGGUUGGAUGUGCGGUGCGAGUGCUCUCUGGUCACAAAGAGGUGUUUAUGAUGAUUCCUGAGGUCAAACAGACGUCUGCUGAUGAUUUCACUUUGAGCGUUGUGUUGGCCUGUGUUGGUGUCGCUGCAGUCAUCAUCAUCAUCUUCCUCAUCAUCAUCAUCAACAUCCUGCUCAAACACAAAUGUAGAAACAGUCUGUCUCAAGGCGACUCUGAGAGGAACAAGACGCCACAAAGAACAAUCAAAGACGCUCCUGAGAACAAAACACCUUUAAUCAAGCAAGAGAACGAGCAUGUGAGGCAACGGACGGGGACGUCGACGAAGAAAAGUCUAAACAGCGUCCACCUGAAACCAUCGGAUCUGACACCAAAAAGACUGUUCUAGUAACAUCCAUUAUUCAGACUGCAUUAAAGACCGUGUUGGUAAAAAAA